UAGAACUCUGUGGCUCAGGCUGACUAUGUAGUGCAGUUGUGAAAGAAGAGCGAGAGAGAGUGAGAGAAAGAGAGCACAGACUUUCUCUACCAGGUGAAUGAGUUACUGAGAGGAGAGAGCAGCAGGAAAGAAUAUCAGCUUUCACAGGACUGUGUUUUUCCAUUGGAUUACAAACAGCAAGAGGGAGAGAUAUUUCCCAGAACACACGUAGAAGGGUGAUAAUGAAGCUUCUAGCGUCAUUAGCAGUGGUGCUCCUCCUGGUGGCGGUGGAGAGCAUGGCGGCAAGAGGCACAUCCAGGAGGACGAAGAGGGAGCUGAUGAGCCCGCUGCACAUGGGGGGCAUCAGGGACCCGUUUGGGUCGUACUGCGAGCAGCGGGGUGGCUGCUGCCCGGGUCGUGAGGAUCAGUGUACCGUACCCUACCUGGACACCAUCUGUUACUGUGACCUGUUCUGUAACCGAACCAUCUCAGACUGCUGCCCUGACUUCUGGGGCCACUGUCUGGGCAUCUCACCCCCUUUCAUUGGCACCUGUGAAAGAAACGGACACAAAUUCCUCUCAGGACAGACUUACAAAGAGAACUGCAACUUAUGCACGUGUGGAACAACUGGCCGUUGGGAGUGUGAGCAGCAUGCCUGUCUGAUAGAGAAUGAUAUGAUCCAGGCUGUCAACAGAGGAAACUUUGGCUGGCGGGCAGCAAACUACAGCCAGUUCUAUGGCAUGUCUCUGGACGAGGGCCUGAGGUAUCGCCUGGGGACACAGAGGCCCUCCAGGACCAUCAUGAGCAUGAACGAGAUGCAGAUGAAUAUGGAUACUCAGAAUGACCGUCUGCCUCAGUAUUUUAAUGCCGAAGAGAAGUGGCCUGGAAAGAUCCAUGAACCUCUGGACCAGGGCAACUGCGCUGCCUCCUGGGCCUUCUCCACUGCAGCAGUGGCAUCGGAUCGAAUCUCCAUCCAGUCGAUGGGUCACAUGACCCCUCAGCUGUCGCCCCAGAACCUAAUUUCCUGUGACACGCGCAACCAAGGGGGCUGUGCUGGAGGACGUAUCGACGGAGCCUGGUGGUACCUGAGACGCAGAGGUGUGGUGACAGAGGAGUGCUACCCGUUCUCUGCUCCCCAGCAGACGACAGCAGAGGUGGGCCGCUGUAUGAUGCAGAGUCGCUCUGUGGGCAGAGGGAAGAGGCAGGCUACUGCACGCUGCCCCAGCACACACACCUACCACAAUGACAUCUACCAGUCUACACCUCCCUACAGGCUCUCAUCAAACGAGAAGGAGAUCAUGAAGGAGAUUAUGGAUAACGGCCCAGUGCAAGCCAUCCUGGAGGUCCAUGAGGACUUCUUCGUCUAUAAGAGUGGGAUCUAUAAACACACAGAAGUCAGCUUCACCAAACCGCCACACUACCGCAAACACAACACACACUCCGUCAGGAUCACAGGGUGGGGAGAAGAGAGGAACUAUGAUAGGACAACUAAGAAGUACUGGAUUGCUGCCAACUCCUGGGGGAAGAACUGGGGGGAGAACGGCUACUUCCGUAUCGCUCGUGGAGAGAAUGAGUGUGAGAUCGAGGCGUUCGUGAUCGGCGUGUGGGGUAGGGUCACCAUGGAAGACAUGCAAAGCCACCAUCACCACCAACAUCGCCGACGCAAGUAGAGACAGGCACUCCAGGAACUCAGCAUCCCCAGAGCCCCUUCCUUUCAUCCCGAACCCUCUACCCCUUCCUACCCUGGGGGAGCAGCACAACCAGCCCCAGACCCCUACCCUUCACCCUUCACCCCCUACCCACUUCCCCUCAGCAUCCCCAGAGCCCCUACCUUUCAUCCCGAACCCUCUUCCCCGUCCUACCCUGGGGAAUCAGCACAACCAGCCCCAGACCCCCUACCCUUCACCCCCUACCCACUUCCCCUUCCUACCCUCGGGGUGCAACUCAACCAGCCCUGUACUAAACUCUGGGGGAGCAACACAACCAGAAUCCUGGAGUUCACACUCUGACCCUUGGAGGAACAAACUACCCCAAGAACCACUACUCUUACCCCUUACACCCAUAUCCCCUUACCCAACACUGUAGGUAUUGAAACUCCAGCCACCCCCAACAUAACUCAAGGUUUAUGGCAUCAAAACAAACUCACGGCCUGCAGGCUUAGAGGGGCUCCUCCAUACAGCCUCCCCGGCUUCAGGACACCGCAAUAAUCACCUCAGGACUCACUAUCCCAAAGACCACACUUCCCAGACUCCUUGGCUUUGGCCUGGGAUCGACUGUUUACUUCCUGCUUCUGUUCAGAAGUCUCCAUUUCCACUGCUAUGAUGAUGAAAGGACUGGCUUGAUCUGAACUCUCUCUCUCUCUUUCACUCUCUCUCUCUGGAAGCCAACCCCUUACGGACAGAUUGGGAUAGUGAGAACCAGAGAGAUAGAAUGUUAGAUGACACAAGCACCAGAGAUAAACUAACAAUCCACUUGUGUUACAGUUUAGUUAGUGUUAUCACUGAGGACCUAACUCUUAAUCAUGCUAGCUAUAUCAUUGAUUAAUGUAUUCCUAUUACUGUCAGCAGAUCUGCAGUUGCAGUAGCCACGCAUCUCUCUACACAUUCCCCAAAAUGUUUUCUAGCAGAAUUUUACACUGGAAAGGGUGCUGGUCUAAGGCUUGGUGGUAGGUGGGAUUGAGUUUAGUGAACUGUCCUUUUGACCAAUAAUUUAUUUCCCCUCAUUUACCAAAAAACACUUUUCUUUUUAGUACAAUCCUAGACUAUACUAAGUGUAUAGUACAGGAUGGAUUCUCAGCAAGCUCUGGAAAUGUUCAGUACCACAUAACCUGUCUGGUUAUGGAAGAGAUGGUGUCAAUCUUCCAAUGAUAUCAAAUCAACUUCAGUCUCAUGACCAUGACAGCUCUUGACUGAUUCCAACUGCUUGAACAUAAUGUUUCUGUAAGAAUAAUUUUAGUGGGUCAACCAUUUAUAAAUCUCCCAUAAUAGACAGUAUACACUCUUAGAAGUAACAGAGCCUGGAAGAACCUUUAGAACCAAAGAACCAAUUAUAAAAAUUAUUUGAGGAACCCCUGUGUAAAGGUUCACAUCAGAACCUUUUUGUGAUGAAUGAGGUUCAAUUCUGAACAUUUUUAAUAAUAUAUUGUAGAGGUGGCAGCCUAUCAGAAGAUUGGAGGUGUAUCUUAUUGGAGGUAUGGCUUUCAGAUAGUUAUUUUUGGACACCCAUUACAGUAAAUGUCAUUCCUGUUCAUCAUGUAAAGUUUCAUCAUGCAAAUUUCAAUUUUCCUUGAAUAUUUAUGCAUAUUACAUAUUCUAAUAUAAUAUUAAUAAUAUUAACAUUGCUGAUGACAUAAGGUCCAAAAUUGGGAUUUGCAUAGGCUCUUGAGGAACUCGUACACCUCUGUAAGCCUCAUUGAAGCUACAGAACUGUCAUUGUUCAACCUUAACAUGUGAUGAAAAUACAACAGAAAAUCUGAAAGCCACACCCCUACCAAGCCACACCUCCAGUCUAGGGUUCCGACAGGAACCCUUUGCUACAUUGAAACAUGAAAGGUUCCUCCAAGAACCCCUCAACUAACCUAAGGUGCAAAUAUUGAGGAACUCCAGGGAUUCAUUGAGUACCUCCAGUGUUCCUCGAGUCACCACUAAUUCUAAGAGUGUAGACAUUCCGUUUAUUAAUCAGCUGGUUGACAAAAACAUAUCUUGGAAAAAACGAGGCAUUGAUUGAAGUAUCUGAGUUGUCAUUUCUUUGAAGAAGGUAAAAUGGCCACCACCAUGUCAUUUUCAGAUGUUGCUUCAACAUGGAAACGUCUUGGUUGAUCAAAUGCCUUAAAGAAAUAAGUGCUGUUUUUCGACUUCUGGUUGAAAAUAUCCCAUGGUUUGUGUAUUAUAAUCCUAAUCUGUUUCCUUCCGUGUACACUGUGUUACUAUAAUGCUGAAAAUAUUGUUGUAUUUUACUCCUAUUUUCUUACUUGCUUUGAGAGAUGUGGUUGUCUCACACACACACUCUCCCCUCCCUUUACCAGCUGCUUUGAAGAGUGCUUGGGUGGUGCACUUACUCCUUCUGAAGGUGAACACACACAAAAUCAAAGUGCCUGACUCUAGGGAGAGGAGGAGGUCGGACUCAGCUGCCAAAGUCUGUUAAAUGCUGUUUCUUUAUAGCCUAAAUCUCUCAGACGCAACAUGCCACUAACACUUCAGUAUUCAGCAAUAGGCAUGUGUAGGCCUACAGACUCAUUGAGACAUUUCAAAGGUUGUGUAUUUCCAAAGAAGUGUUAGGUAGGUAGUUCAAUCCUCAAAUGAAGCCAGUAAUCACACAGGUUCUGAUAUACUGAUAUAACCUGAUAUAACUGCCUUAUGUAAUGUUGCUCUAGGUGCUCUUUUUAUACUGUCUCCAAUUCAGAUCUAUUAUUUCUGUGCCUAUCAUGAGUUUUAAUGUCUAAGUUUCCAGGGGUGGCAACUGUCCUUUUAGAGACCACAUCAUGUAUCAGUUCACACUGUGCAGUCUCACUUCACAAUAAACUGCUUGCCUUCCCAGAA